CUUAACAAACAAAAACUUCAGCACAGAGAAUCCAAGCCUCCAACAAUUCUGGCACUGCAAUUCAUUGGUGACUUCGAGAAACGAUUUUGAUUUCACCGAUAGACAAAUACAGAGCUGACAAAUAAUCAAUACUGUGUUGAUUUAUCACAUACAUAUACCACCUGUCUCCGUCUUCAAUGCACUCUCUUCACCUAUCAACAACUACCACACAAAAUCUGCUACUUCGAAUAUCAUAUAAUUAAUCCCUUCAAAACUUCUUGGAACCUAAAAAAAUUAAGUUAGAAUCAUGGGGUUUACUUGGCCAUCUCAUACCUUCAUCUUCGUUUUGGUUUUCAUAGUUUCUCCAAUAUCACAUUCGUUGCCCUUUAUAGUACUUCAUGGCAUUGGAGAUCAGUGCUCGAAUCGGGGUGUUAAACAAUUCACCGACCAACUUGUUCAAUUUUCCGGUGUUAAAGGAUUCUGCAUAGAAGUUGGAAGUGGAACAUGGGAUUCUUGGUUUCUGCCUCUUGAAGAACAGACCGAAGUCGUGUGCAAGAAGGUUAAGGAAAUGCAAGAACUGAGAAAGGGUUAUAACAUAGUUGGUCUCUCACAGGGUAAUCUGAUUGGUCGAGGUGUUUUGGAAUUUUGCGAUGGAGGACCGCCGGUAAAGAAUUUCAUCUCUUUAGCAGGGCCCCAUGCGGGUACAGCUUCUGUUCCUCUUUGUGGUUCUGGUGUUUUAUGCAUUAUUGCAGACUCGCUCAUCAAGUCAGAGAUCUACAGCGACUACGUUCAAGAUCAUUUGGCUCCCAGUGGCUAUCUUAAAUUACCAAACGCUAUUCCAGACUAUUUAGAGCAUUGUAAGUAUCUUCCAAAGCUUAACAAUGAACUUCCUGGACAUAGAAAUUCCACCUACAAGAAACGUUUCAGUAGCUUGCAAAACUUGGUGCUUAUCAUGUUUGAGAAUGACAAGGUUUUGAUACCGAGAGAGACUUCCUGGUUUGGAUAUUACCCAGAAGGUGCCUUCAAACCAGUUUUACCUCCACAACAGACAAAGCUUUAUACGGAAGACUGGAUUGGUUUGAAGACUUUGGAUGAAGCUGGGAGGGUAAAGUAUGUAAACGUUUCAGGAGGUCAUCUUGGAAUCUCCAACAACGAUAUGAAAAUACAUAUUGUGCCUUACCUUAUAGAUAGUACAAACUAUGAGGAGAGAAAGCAAGUAGAACCAGAAGAAUUGGUGGAUAGUCUUUCAUCCCUAGAUGGAUCAUCUUCUUACAAUUGGCCCCCAUCGAUACAGAGCUUCAUCAGUGAACUUCUAGGGUUCACAGAGGAUUCAGCCGAAGCCCCUAAUGGUUUUUAGUUGUAUUUAGAAACUAUAACCACGUAAACUAGGAAAUCCAUUAUUAUUUAUAUUUGUGAGAUUGUAAAGAAACAAAAACAAAAUACAUUCAUUGAACACCAUGUCAAGAGUUCAAGACUUUAUUUAUGUACCGAAAACGUUUAACUAGAACCCUUCCCAUGGUCGAACCAUAAUGCUCAAAUAUAUACCAGAGACUCAAUGUAACAACUCAUUUACAGGGAUGGAAACAACAUCUUUUGGUUGUCCCUUAAUGAAACAUCAUUACAUGCAAUUUU